AUGGGGACAGUUUUCAAACCUCAUAUUCCUUGCUUGGUUCAGCCUCGUCCACCCACAUCAUACAGCAAAGAAUCUGCACAACCAAAAGCAAACAUUAUGAAGAAAUGCUCGCUAGAUAAGGAGGAGGCAAAACCCGAACUGGAGGUAGAUUCGCCUUUCAGAGUCUGUCGAUCUUCUUCUCCGACCUUUUCAGAAAGUAGCGGAGAGUCAUCUGGCUAUGAAAGCGAACCCGUUCAAUCAAAAGCCUCAUCUCCAGAAAUAGAAGAUGUAGAACGUGAACCCAGUGUCAUUCGAAGAAUGCGAACGAAAUUCACAUCAGAUCAGAUUCACAAACUGGAGAAAACUUUCAGUAAACAUAAGUACUUGGGUGUUUCUGAAAGACUCAAAGUGGCUGCAAAACUACAUCUCUCUGAAACUCAGGUGAAAACGUGGUUCCAGAACCGAAGAAUGAAACUAAAGCGUGAGGUGCAAGAUCUGCGUCCAGACUUCUUGAACCCUGCUAUGUUGCCUCAGGUGAUGUACCAGGCCGUUUCUUCUCUCCAGCACUUCAGCUACCCGGUGCAGCAGCUUGCAGUUCCCACUGACACCGCAGACAACCCAGCACACCGUCUCUAUCCAUCCUUCAAUCAUCAUGUGCCUAUGCAACAAAUGACAUUCCCUCAGCAACCACUCCACCAUCUGUUGCUGGCUUCACAAUAUUACUGUUGA